AUUUUGGGCUCCUUCUGUUCAUGCUCGUUACAUCUUCUUGCAUUCCUUACAAAAACAAAAAAUACAGCAUGGAGCAAGCCUUCUUCUUCAACAUCAGGUGCUUCCUACACCAACUUAUCCAACUUUCUCAACCAAGGACCAAGUCACCAAGAGGAACACCGUUCUAGUCACACAUCUAUGAAUGGUGAGGCUGCGACAAAGAGGAGCACCGCCAUGGCUGCAAAUAUAACAGUUGACAAGACUGAAAAUAAUCGCUGCUUCAAAAACAAUUUAAAGAUUUUCAUAGGAUUUAUUUUACUUGAAAAUAAAAUAUACGUAGUAUGAAUGAGCUUUGUUUUGGAUGGGAGGA